AUGGAGUUCCAGAAGUGCAAUUACCAAGUUGGUACAUUGAAAUUAACAAGAUUUGUCAAGAGGGGGGUCAGAAAUUCAAAGGAUUGGGCUAUGAACUACCAUUUUGUCAGUGCUUUGCAACAUCCAGCAGCUAUGCAAGUGGAAAAUUACUUCCAUUCAGAGUGUGUGGUCGUUUCUGCAGUGGAUGGCUCAUUGGACAAAUGGCUGGAUACCAAGAAAAGCAUAGAACUGUUCGAUGAAGGCGAUAUGCGCCCUAUCCUAAGAAAUAUGCUCAGCCAACUUGUAGGUCUUGUGCAAAGCAUAAUUGCCCAGAAAAAGUGUCCCACGGAUCUUUCAAUGGAAGACUUGUAUAUCAAGCGGCUUUCUGGUGAUAUACCUAAGCUACAGGUGUUGAUACUUAAUGUUGAAAACUUGAGCACUAUAGCCGAGGAGCAGGCUUGGAAAAAUGUAAGGGGGAUUGUUAAAGAGUGGUUUCUCAGGCAUGAUGUCGAUCCAAGCUCGGGCAGUGCAGACUUCAUCUCAUGUAUUAGGAUUCGGACAAGAAACACACAAGCUCUCUUGGAGGACCACCCGGUGGAGUAG